AUGAGCCAAGACCUAAACACAAUUAUAGCUCUCCUUCAUAAGACUUUUACCUCUAAGACAAGCGAAGAUAUAAAAGAAGCUGAAUCUGAACUUUCAAAAUUUAGUUCUAACCUUGAACUUUAUAUAUUAAAUCUAGUUCAAAUAAUUUCAGUGAGAAAUGAUAUAAAUUUACAGAUUAAAAGUUCAGCAUCAAUUCGACUGAAAAUGAUCAUUAAAGAAGCAUUGGAGCAAAACUCUGUUCCUUAUGAAACCAAUAAAUUUCUGAUUCAAUCUGUUUUCUCUUCAAUUGUAGCUCCUUCGAUAAAUACUUCUAUUAGAAACACAUUAGAAGAUGCACUUGCCCUUCUUUUCGCUCGAGACUAUAGUAUCAGUUCAGGAACUUUUUUUGGGAACAUAAGUCAGUAUCUUAUUUCUUCUCUUCAAAGCGACUUUUCUUUUAAAGUUGGAGCAAUAAAAACUAUUGAAGCAAUGAUUGUGGGGAUAAAUCACACAGCACAAUGCAGAAUUUUUCUUAGAGAUUUCAUAGGCCCUCUUAUAGACUUAGGAAAUCAUACAAUCAAUAGUCUGAGGUCAUUGCCUCGAGGAAAUAGUUUGCUAGAAGAAAGUUUGGAAAUUCUAUAUGAGCUUUCCUUAGCUUUUUUAAAAAUUAUAGUCCAAUUUGAAUUCGAGACGCAGGAGUAUAAGAACUUGGCAGAUCUCGCCAGCUAUUUUAAAGAUUGUUUACUAUUAGAAUAUCCAAACUCUGACAGCCACAAACUUAUAACUAUCGGAAAAUCGAAAUCUCAGGAUUUUUUUAACAGUAUGAAAUCUCUUACUCUACAAGCUGUUUACAAUGUUGUCUCUAUCACAACUUAUAACGACAUAAAAUCUCUUGCAAAAUCUGAUAUCAAUCAACAGCCUUUUUCCUUAAUAAUUUUUGAGUUUUAUGAGCCUCUGCUGUAUACCAUUUUUCUAAUUAUUUCUCAUACAAAUUAUGAAUUUGCAACUCAACAAGAAAGCAUUUCAGAUUUAAUUUCGCAUUUUUUGAAGCUCCUGGUAGAGACCUUAAGAGAUGACUCUUUUUAUCAUAUUCAUUAUCAAAAUUAUCAACAUAUAAUUGUUGAUAUACUUUUCCCUCUUCUUAAAACAACAGAAAAUGAAAAAGAAGGAUUUGAGCUUAACCCAGAAGAUUUUAUUGAGAUGUCUAAUGAUAUCUGCUCCAAAAAGAAAUCACAGACACCAAAGUCUUUAUCAGCUGAGCUACUUUUAAAAUUUUCAAAAAAAAUCGAUGGAGCACUGACUUUUAUUACGAAUUUUUUGGUGGAUUAUAUAGACUUUGCAAUAUUAAAUGCAAGCCCUUUGUCGUUUUCUAGCCUGGAAAAUUUCAGUAGUUCGGUUAUUAUGACUUUUACAAAUGAAGCUAAACUAGAUUUAGGCUUGCUUUGUCUUUCAGCUUUGUCUUAUUACCUUAUACAAAGACCAGAUUUACUAGAAAUCAUUGAUUCUCUCCUGCUUACUCAUAUUGAUACUAUCAUGAACUAUGACUCAAAUCUCGUUAUCAAUAGAUUUUGCCUAUUUUUUAAUUAUUUUGGCUCUGAGUUAUUAAAAACUAACUCUGAUUUAUACCAAAAAAUAGUCGCUUUUAUAGUAUCUUUAUGUGAUCCAGAACAAAAGCACAAAGGUGUUCAUAACCAAGCUUCUAAUACAAUAAGUACCUUAAUUAGUGACUCCUCAUCAGCUUUAAGAAUAAACAGUUUUAUCGAUGAAAUUUUCCUACUUUUUAUUUCUUAUAUAGUAAUAUUUAAUAUAUUUUCCAGCAUAAAAAAAUAACUAUUUUUAAUGACAGAUCUCUAACUCGAAUAGUUAUAUAGGGAAACAUGAAAAUUUAGGAUUUUUUGAUGCAUUGAAAAUAAUAAUAGAGAACAAGCCAAACGUUGCGCUUACUAAUAUAGAUAAGCUUAUUCCUGAGCUUGUAGAUAAAAUAUUGAAUUUUGAUGAUCAAAUUGACCAAAGACCAUCUAUCAAAUCUGAUUGCAAAAUGUUGAUAAAAAUAAUAUGCUGAAAAAUCAUGCAAGCUAUUGUAGAGUCCCCUCAUGUUUCUGUAGAAGUUUGCUUACUCCCCCCCCCCCCCUCCGUGAGCGAACAAAAAAAAUUUUGUUCGCUCACGGAGGGGGGUAUUUUUUUUUUUUAAAAAAAAUUUAUAUAUAAAUUUUAUAAAAAAUAUUUUUUUCGAAAUUUAAAAAAAUCCUAAUUUGCAAAAAUUGGGAAGCAAAUAAUUAAUUUAAUUUGCAAAAUUUAUGUUUUAAAACGCAAUUUGUUUAAAAUUAAACAGAAUUAGCUCUAGAUUUCAUUAUACUAAUUAUCACUUAUAUAUCAAAAUUUUUUUCCAUUAAAAUUUUUUCUAUUAAAAAAAUUUUGUUCACUCACGGAGGGUGGGUUUUUGGUCAAAAAAUGGCGAUUUUUCUAAUGGUUUUGUUCGCUCACGGAGGGGGGGGGGGGGGGAGUUAGAUAUUGAAAAGCAGCUUCAGCCACUAAUUGAUGCUAUAAAAGAUGGGAAAGAGGAUUAUGAAGAAUAUCUGUUUGAUAUAGAAAAUGAAAUAAUAAAAAAAUGUGAAAAUGUCACCAAUAACUGCUGGACAAUUUUUGACUUUAUUCUAGGCAAAAAAGAAGCUGAAGAUACAUUUUAUGAAGCAUUUCCUUUUAUAAACAACACUUUAUGGUAUGGAAGAGAAGUUAUCAAGGCUAAUUUAAAUAUAAUAAGCAGACUUGUUGAUAUUUCUGGGAAGUUUUUGCAACAAACUCCAGAUGAAGAUGGCAGAACUGAGUCCCAAAUAUCAAGAGGGGCUUUAAUUUUGCAACAAAUUCUCCAUGUAUAUACAGGCUAUGUUGAUGAAGAUUUAGAAAAAAUUAUACUAUAUGUUAUGCAGAGAUUAAUGCUUCCUAUAGGAAAUGAGCUUUUCAAAAUGAGGCUACUUGGUGUCAUAUUUUCUGGGUUUAUGUAUAACUGCCAAAAAACGCUAGAAAUUUUAUCCUCAAGACUCAACCAAAAUGGAGAAAAUUUGCUUGAACUGUUUUUAAAUGAUUCUUUAAAUAUUAAAGGAAAAUAUUCUCACCCUUAUGACAGAAGAAUAGCAGUCAUAGGAUUCACCCAGUUAAUGCUACAAGAAGAGCUCCCAGAAAUAGUCACAAAUAAUAUUUCACAAAUCUUCAAAUUAAUAGUUUACAUUUUAUACUGUGCAAAUCCUCCACAAGAUGUCCAAGAAAUGCCUAUGAGCCACGAUAUAGACGAAAUUGUGAAUAAAAUGAUGACUGAUGAGAGCAUUGAAUUUCUGUAUACUUAUUCCUUUUUUAAUUCCCCUAUUAAAGAUAUUGAUGAGUAUGAUCAUUUCAGAAAUUUGCUAAAAACAUUGAAAAGUGUGUCUAAUGAGGCAUUACAGAUGCUGGUGGGAGAAUUGGAUAAAGAUCAAGUGGAGCAGCUAUUUAGAGUCAUUGAGUCGAAAAAAGUGCAGAUUAAUAGUAAGACGAAGGGAGCUGUAGAUGUAAGGAAAAUUGUGAAGCCUAAAAAAACUGCUGUUAGUAAUUAA